AUGCAAACUGAGAAGGAGAGUCAGGGGGAUAAGGUAAGGAAGAAGGAGCUGGAGACUGAGAGAAAGCGUGAGGGGGAUAGAGAGAAAGAGGAGGAGAGAGGGAGGGGAAAUAGAGAAGAGAUCCAGGAGAAGGAAGAACAUCAGGUGGUGAUAGAGAGGGAGAGGGAGGGGAAGAUAGAGAAGGAGAAGCAGAGUCAACAUCCUUGGCAAGGGAAGGAGAUAAAGAAUGAGAAAAAGAAAGAGAGUGAUCAAGAAAAGAAAGAGAGUGAUCAAGAAGAGACCGGGAAGAAGAUAGAGAAAGAGCUCAAAAACAUCUUUAACACUAGCCGGAAAACAACCACUAGCCCUGGCACAAUUACCACUACUAUUGCCAGUCUAAAAUGUAAGACCAGCUCAAACCAACAGACUAGCAUAAACCCUAGCCCCAAAACUUCUACUACUAAACCCAUCCCAUUGGCCAACUCUGACCAUAGUCCAACUACCACCAAACCUGAAUCCUCUACCCCCAGCCCCAUACCUGAGUCUUCCACCCCCAGUGUGAGAGAACUUCGUGUGAAGACCAGCCGGGUAUCUGCUAGUCUGAAUGGCACAAAGGACACAAGUGGAGGGCCAAAGGUUUUACAAGGAGGGCACCCAAAGGUCCUGCUCACGGAGAAGGACCAGGUAGGCAGCAAGACUGACAGAACAGGGAACCAGCCUCAAAACCCUGCACUGAUUUCACCAGGAGUUACCAUGGCACCCAGAGACUGCUCUGACCACAUGGCCAAGGGGGAGAGGAACAGUGGGGUCUACCAAGUGACCCCUGACCCUAAGAAUGUAACCAUCGCAGUGUUCUGUGACAUGGAGUCUCAUGACGGAGGGUGGACCGUCAUUCAGCUCCGUCAGGACGGCAGUGUGAACUUCAACAGGACAUGGGCUGAAUACCGGACGGGCUUCGGUAACAUGAGGGCUGGGGAGUUCUGGCUGGGCAAUGACCACAUCCACCUCCUGACCCGACACAGGGAGAUGGUCCUCAGGGCGGAGCUGGAAGACUUUAACAGAGUGAGGGAGUACGCAGAGUACAGGCUCUUCCGUGUGGCUGGCGAACGGCUGCGGUACCGCCUGUCUGUGGGUGGGUACUCGGGCACGGCGGGAGAUGCACUUCAAUUCAGCAAGAGUUACAACCACAACAACAGGUACUUUACGACUCCUGACAGGGACUAUGACCGCUACCCUUCAGGGAACUGUGGGGCCUACUACAGCUCAGGCUGGUGGUUUGAUGCCUGCAUGGCUGCCAAUCUCAACGGGAGAUAUUAUGUGGGAAAGUACAAAGGGGUGAGGAACGGGAUCUACUGGGGGACGUGGCAUAAUAUAUCUACAGAGUACUACCCAACAAAUGACAGACAAUCUUUCAAGACUGUCAGAAUGAUGAUCAGGCCGAGAGGCUAUGCAAAGUGAGCUAGACGGCUGGCUCUUCGUUUGGCGUACUCAGCUGUUGCAAUUGUCAAACAGGGGGGAUGGGAAACCCUAUAAGGCCUCAGCAAUUUUUCAAUGGGUCCUUGACAAAAACAGGAAAAAUAUGUAUUUUUUGAGGAGGAGCACUGUUUAUUAAUGUGCAAAUGCAGACAUUCAGAUUGUACUGCUGUUUAAUAUUUGGGGUGUUUAUAGUGGCUGUUGUUUAACAAGCAGUUUGAAUAUAUUGUAUCUUAUUUACUCUUUGAAAUAUUAUAGUGGGUCAACCGCUACAUCUUCUUGAUUUUUUUUUUCAAUCGCUUUGGUGCUAUUUUCUCAAGUAUGUGGUACAUUUUCUAAAAUCUUAGAACAAAACUCCAAACUGCUAACACAUUUAACACAGCAAGUAUUUUAUUCAAAACCUUUUACUGUGCAUUCAUUUUGUUUGGAGACAUCUUUCACCACACAACCAUUGAUCCAAAAUAUAAGUUUACAGUGAAAUACCAUGAUAACAUUGAUUUAAUCACCAAAACACAACAUAAUGGUAUUUGCUCAAUUUAGUGGUUUUAACAACCAGUUAAUUAAAUAGCAAAAUUUGCAAGAUACAUGGUCCAAAAUUGCCCUUUGAAUGUAAUAUUCAUUACAGUACGUUACACUGUUUUAGCAUUAGGUAAUACACUUGCACUACCCAUCACAAUUGACAAAAAAUCUAAUUUCCAUAAUUUCUAUCCAAUGAUCAAAGGUGUGAUCAACUUUCAAAAUCAUUGAUGCAAAAAAUAAAUAUAUUGUUCAGAUACAAUUACAACAUAAA